CGUGGCCCCAAAUGUGGACCUCAGGAAUGUCAUGGCACAUGUAGCAGAGAGGGAUCUUGCUUCCAAAACCUCUCUUCCAUCCAGCCAAUAUUCCUUCAAUCAUUUAUCUGAGCAACUGCGCCAAUCUUCACGACCAGUUCACCAAGUGCCAGGAGAAGCUACGGAAAAAUUAUGCUCUGAUUGUGAAAAUUGUCGCCAAGGGGACUCAGAUAGAUGUGUGAAGCGUCAUGUAGUCCACUGGAAGAAGGCUAGCGAGGAGUUUGUGCCUGGUCAACAGCAACCACCAGAGAAAAAGGUGUGUGUUCAUCAUUUUAUGUUUUUGUAUGCAUUGCUGUGAAGACUGUUAACAAUGAAUUUGAUGUUACAUAUCACAGCU